AAUCGCCUGCACACAGUUCGGCAACGAUGUCAUUUCACGAGCGGCAAAACAAGGUACGUGAGGCCCGAGGAUACCAGAGCUUGCCGUUUACUAAUUGCGUAAUUAGAAGCGCAAGACGAUGCACAAUGGCGGCCGCCAGGAGCGGGUCUCGUUCAAGCCGUCGGCCAUGUUCACGCCCAUCGAAGGCGGGCGUGACUGGACCGUAUCGGUGGCCAUCCCCGCCAGCGUCAUAACCAGCCUCGCCACAGCCGACCAGCGCAUGGCUGUCCCCGGUCGCAUUGCACGUGCUCUCGCCGUCUUCUCCGUCGACGAGGUCGUCAUCUUCGACGACACGCCCCCCGCACAGCGCCCACGACACACCGACCCGGCCGCGUACACGGGCGACACCGACCCGUGCCACUUCCUGUCUCACAUCAUCAGUUUCCUCGAGGCGCCACCGUUUAUGCGCAAGGCCCUCUUUCCCCUACAUCCCAACCUGCGCCUGACGGCGCUGCUGCCCAGCCUCGACAUGCCGCACCACCCCAACCCCAAGGAGUGGAUCCCCUACCGCGAAGGAGUCACCAUCGCGGGCAAGACGGGCACCGGCGAGGGAACGCUCGUCGAGGUCGGCCUGGAAGACCCCGUCGAGAUCGAGGAAACCAUUCCGCCCAAGACGCGCCUCACGCUGCUAUUCCCCGAGGACGAGUCCAAGUAUCCUGAAUGCGUCAAUCCGGCGGCGCCGCGCGAAGAGGGCGGGUACUAUUGGGGUUAUACAGUUCGAAAGGCGUCAUCCCUUUCCAACGUUUUCACCGAGUCACCGUACGAAGAGGGUUACGACAUCAGCAUCGGCACGUCCGAGCGGGGCACGCCGAUAUCCCGGGCGUUCCCGUCAUCUACCCCGCGGCCCCUCAACUUCAAGCAUAUGCUCAUUGCUUUUGGUGGGCCCAGAGGCCUCGAGUUCGCCGCAAUGAACGACGAGCAGCUCACCGGCAUGGACGUCCAAGGCCCCAAGACGAGGGAGCUGUUCGACCACUGGAUCAACGUGCUGCCGAGCCAGGGCAGCAGGACCAUCAGGACAGAGGAGGCGAUGUUCAUCGGCUUGACAGCUCUGAGGUCGCUUUGGGACACCAGUUGAGGCAUGAUUUUGUUCUUUUCAUGAUACCCAGCUUCGAGCGGGCACGUAUAUAAGACGCGUGUGCCGUAUGACCUGUCUCUAUAUGCCACGAGACCUAGUGUCGAAUCUUAGCUCUGUGUCCGAGACACAGCAUGUGCACAAAUAUGCACGGCCAAUACACGGAAGCGCCG